AUGAUGCAACGCUCGGUCCAGACGGUCGAAAACUUCAACGAAGAGGAGUAUGACGUGAAGCAGAUGCGCAUGCUAGACGAACUCCACUCUGGAAAGAUGGAAGGCAUGACAUACAAGGAGAUCCAGGAGCAGUAUCCCGAAGAGUAUGCGCACCGUAAGAAGGACAAGCUUUUCUAUCGGUAUCCUGGUCCCGGUGGAGAAGGCUAUCUGGACAUCAUCAACCGUCUCCGCACCGUUAUUGUCGAGGUCGAGCGAACGACUGACCACGUCCUGCUCGUCAGCCACCGGUCCACUGCACGCGUUCUGCUGUCCUAUUUCCGUGGUCUGAAGCGUGACGAGGUUGCUGACCUUGAUGUCCCUAUGGGUAUGCUGUACAUGCUGGAGCCCAAGCCGUACGGCACAGACUUCAAGGCGUAUCAGUACAACCCCGAAACCGACUGGUUCGACUUUGUCCCGGAGUAUGAGCUGCACCAGGUGGGCUCGACCAAGGCUUAA